AUUAUAUAUUUUAUAAAUGUUUAUAAAUUCUUCCGUAUUUACAAAAGGGUUGUUGUUCUCUCAUCCUUCGAUCGAAAGCAGCAGAACAAAUCUCGAUUAUUCUCAAGUUCUUCAUCACAAUUAACCAGUGAAGAUUAUAAGGAUGCUGAGUGCAACUAUCAGGCGAAAGGCUUUGGCUCUGUGUUCAUCUGCUCUGGCGAAUAAUGGCGUUGCACAGUCAUUGGCGAGGGCCCCACAUGCGUUAGCAGGAUCCACAUCACGAGGAUAUGUUGCUGGUAUCCCUAUGUUUGAGGAGUUUGGAAAAAGAUCAAAACUGGUACCAGGUCAUCAAGGCUCUCCUAUUUCUUCAGAACCCUUGAGGGACGGAUCAUUGUUUAAAACAGAUUUUUCACCCCAGAAGUGGAUUAGAUCUUUUUCUACAUACAGUGAACCUGCUAAAAUAGAGAAGAUAGUCAACACCUCGGUCAGAAGGGGACACACUAGCCCUGCUUAUUUUACUGCAUCUGGUGCUAUGGUUGGAGGUGUUUUAAGUACUCCCGUUGUAAACGCUCCACAGGCUACAAAACUGGGCCUUAGCGCGACGGUCUCUCCAACUUUCCUACCAAAUCUUGCUUUAUUCUGGCACAUAAAUAACGGUAUUGAAGAGAUUUUGGCGGAUUAUGUUCACCAUGAAAUGACCCGCAGCUUAAUCUUGGUCAUGAUGAGACUCUUCCUUAUAGUUGCGGCAAAAGACGUGUUUGUGGCUACAAAUUGAAUCAACCUUUUUCCGAAUCUAUAGAUUUGAUCGAUGUUAGAGACAACCGUCAUCUUUUAUGCGUAUUGAAGACGCUGAAGAGCACACUUUGUUCUUGAAAAAAUAUGAAUAAGGAUUAGUCCUAGAAUGUUGUAGUACUCUUGGGCUACAUUAUGGGUUUUCAGUCAUAAUGGGUGUUUAAUGCACUUGAUUUGAUUAUGCUGUAACAUGGUAACUUGGUUAAGUUGAAUCAAGUUUUGUUGACUCAA